AUGGUUAAUAUUGAAGUGCUUUCAUUGAGUGUGAAUCGCGUUGAAACAUUACAACCUCUACGUAAUUGUACUCGAUUAGUGGAAUUAUAUUUGAGGAAAAACAAUAUUGAAAGCCUCACCGAACUUGAGUAUCUCAAG